CACUGUACUGCUCACAAGGAUACACCCAAACCACCGCCAUUCUUCCUAGGCCUCACAGGUCUCCAAGGGUCAGGCAAGUCAUACCUCGUUGAACUACUCGAACGUCACUUCUCGGGUCCCUCCACAAAACUCAAACGACUCCAUGCGACGACAGCGGGUAGUCUCCACGUCGUUGCGUAUUCCCUCGAUGACCUCUACUUACCCCUCUCUGAACGCCAAAAGCUAGCAGAAUCCUCAGGGAAUGCACUAUGGCGCGUUCGUGGACAAUUCGGGACGCAUGAUACAACGUGGGCACAAGGGAUUGUGGGGUCACUACGAGCGCAAGCUGCACAGACAAAGAUUCCGCGAUUUGACAAAGCAGUUGCUGAUGGACAAGGCGAUCGUGUCUCGCAGGCUGCAUGGCAGGUCGUUGAUACAACUACACGCGAACUUGUGGAUCUUGUGUUGUUUGAAGGAUGGAGUGUAGGGAUGCGUCCGCUGGGUGAAGCUGGACUUGCUGCUCGUCUUGAGACGCUCAGGACAGUCGACGAUGCGCAUGCACAAGCGAAGUAUCAUGCCCUUCAGGAUCUGGUGCAGGUGGAUACAGCGUUAUCCACGUACUUAUCCUGGAUGGGCCCGCUCCAGCCUUUACAAGCGUUAUUGGUGCUUGAGGCAGAACAAGUUGGGUAUGUCUAUACAUGGCGCUUACAGCAGGAACAUGCACUGCGGCUGCAAAGAGAUGGGCAGGGCAUGUCGGAUGCCGAGGUGGUGGCAUUCAUUGACACGUAUUACCCUGCAUACGAGCUUUAC